AUGCCGGAAAAAGCUUGCAGAGAUCCAGAGGCUGGCCAUGCUCACGGUCAGCUUCGAGAGGAAGAAAAAGUCUUCCGAGCCCAGCCAGUGCUACCGCUGCCAGCGCCAAAAAGGCCCCUGGACACUACUAGAGUGACCAAGAGGCCCAUAUUUUGGUGUUAUUUCCGACAAGUGUGGUUUGCCUUCUUUAUCUUGUGGGAUCCUCUAGGAGAGGUAAACCAAUAA